AUGAACGAGAGCGCCAAUCAUAACGUCGGCCUGUCCAAGUUCAAGCGAGCCAUCACCGGCAAGCUCCCCCGCCAAGACAGCCACACUCAUCAACCGGCUAACCAACCAACCAUCAAUCGAUCUGGUCCAGAGCUCUGGAAAGAGGACAAGCACAUCAUCAAGGUCUAA